AUGCUCGACGUUGGUACGGCCAAGUGGUCUGCUGCCUUGGCCGGUUUGCCUGGGGCCUGCACACUGUUCACCAAGAUUAAAGGAUCAAAGGCAAUUUCCCUUCCCGUGGACCUCCACGAUACCCCCCACGUUGGUGCUCGGCAGCCGCGGAGCCUCAAUCAAACCUUGGCCGCUCCCCCGGUUGCGGCGCAUGGCACCCACCACCACCACCUUGCGGAUUCCACGACAACGGCCGAUAACCCCCGCCCGCGCGAGAUGCCGCCCAAACGGGAAGACAGCCAGCUGUCGCAGGACAGCGUCAUGACGGCCACGCCGGAGGACCGGCACGAGAUCUUGUACUUUGCGUACGGGAGCAACCUGUCGACGGCGCAGAUGCGGCAGCGGUGCCCGCACUCGACGCCCGUAGGGCUGGGGUACCUCGAGGGCUGGAAGUGGCUCAUCAACGAGAGGGGCUACGCCAACGUCGUGCGGGUGUCGGGCGGCGGCGGCGGCGGCGGCGUCUACGGGCUCUUGUACCUGCUGCCGCCGCAGGACGAGGAGAGGCUCGACGUGUGCGAGGGCGUGCCGUGGGCCUACGAGAAGAUGACGUGCGACGCGCGCUGGGUGAGGGACGGGCUGGGCAAGGCGCUGGACGAGCCCGUCAGGGCGCUGGUGUACGUGGACACGAGCCGGGUGCGGGAGAGCGUGCCCGGGGACGAGUACGUGCAGAGGAUGGAGAGGGGCAUCGAGGAUGCCGUGAACAAUUGGGGGCUGGACGGGGAGUAUGCCGCGAGGGUCAUGAGGAGGUUUUGGGAGUGA